UGUUAGUGUGUCAACAGUUAGCAUGCACCAACAACCAAAAUGUAUGACUCUGAGGUGUGUACCUGUACAAAAAAAUAGCUAAACAUAGAUAAUAUGCUAAUGUUAGCAUGUUAACAGUUGGCAUGUUUCAAGUACCAACAUAUAUGACUCUGAGGUGUGUAUACCUACAAAAUGAGCUAUAAAAGCUACAAUGAAAUGAUAGCAUGCAUCAAAAACCAAAAUGUAUGACUGAGGUGCUACCUCAGUAGAAGCAUUUAAGUCCCAUCUUAAAACUCAUUUGUAUAAUCUAGCCUUUAAAUAGACCCCCCCUUUUUUAGACCAGUUGAUCUGCCGUUUCUUUUCUUCUCUCCUCUUCUCCCCUGUCCCUUGCGAGGGGGAGUUGCAUAGGUCCGGUGGCCAUGGAUGAAGUGCUGGCUGUCCAGAGCCGGGACCCCGGGUGGACCACUAGCCUGUGCAUCGGUUGGGGACAUCUCUGCGCUGCUGACCCGUCUCCGCUCGGGAUGGUUUCCUGUUGGCCCCGCUGUGGACUGGACUCCCGCUGAUGUGUUGGAUCCACUAUGGACUGGACUUUCACAAUGUUAUGUCAGACCCACUCGACAUCCGUUGCUUUCGGUCUCCCCUAGAGGGGGGGGGUUACCCACAUAUGCGGUCCUCUCCAAGGUUUCUCAUAGUCAUUCACCGACGUCCCACUGGGGCACCACUGCUUUGACUGAAAUCCAUCCUCCCAAGUCGACACUCAGCCCUUCAUCUCUGCAAGAUCAACUGAACUCAAACUUUGACUCACAGUGCAAACCUUCAUCAGACUGUUACGCCAACCUCAACCUCAAGACCCCAAAGACAGGAACGUCUGCUCGCGGCGCCUCUCAGGUGGAAUACUCGCUGGUGGAAUACUCGCUGGUGUUUCGGCCGGAGGAGUUGAGGAAGGAGGACAAAGCGGAUGCAGUGUCAGACGUCUACGCUUGUGUGCCAACCAAACGCGGCGGCGAUGAAUACGCCAACCACAUUUGAAGAAGGAGCCCUGCCGCCUGAUGUUGUGCUGUCCCACUGAUGGCCCAGACCACUAGAUGACACUGUUGAUCGGCAUUUUGUUGCAGUUGUUUAAUUAAGAUCUGACACGGCUUUGUGGUCCUAAAUAUGUACAGUUCUUGAUUGGAUCAUAUUCAAUCACAUGUUUACAUUUAAGUGAUCUCUAUCCCUACAAUUCCAAUGUAAUAUCAAGAGCAAUAAUAACAGCUUCAGAAUAACUGUUGAUGAUAUUUAGCAUCUCUGUCGUUGCUAGGUAACAUUUACAUAGAUGCCGAG